AUGUCCGAGACCGAGACCGGGCCCAAGAUGUUCAGGUAUGGCAAGAUCUUGUUCUUUUGCACAAUGUACAUCGUUCUAAGUGGAGGGCUUAUCAACUUCAACAAGUUCUUGGUGCAUGAGGGGCGGUUCCCACACCCUAUGGCGCUUACGGCGAUUCACAUGUUCACCAGUUUCGUGCUUACGUCCAUCAUCCUCACUGCGAAACCAUCCAUGAUGCCUAGCGUGGAUAGGUGCAGGGGCAAACUGCUGGAUCUCUACAAGCACCUCAUCCCCAUCGGCUUCUUCUUCGCCGUGGUGCUGUACGGAUCCAACAAGGCGAUCAUGUACUGCAGCGUGGCGUUCCUGCAAUUCAUGAAGGAGACCAAUGUCGUGUUCGUCUUCCUCUUCUCGGCCAUUGCGGGCCUGCAGACCGUGAACAGGCAGCGCUUGUUCGUCAUCGCCUGGGUCAUCUCGGGUUCGACGCUGUGCGUGUCUGGCGAGCUGAACUUCGUCUUGGCAGGCUUUGUCCUGCAGGCCGUUGCGCAGUUCGCAGAGUGCCUGCGCGCCGUCAUCGCGGAGAUGAUUCUCACCGGCAGCGACUACAAGUUGGACUCGCUCAGUUAUGCAUUCUUCAUUUCGCCCGUCUGCCUGGUUGUGCUCAUAAUCGGCAACAUCGUCACAUGGAACAGCGAUAUCCUGCCCGACGCGGCCGCAAUGUGGUACCUACUGGUCCCGAACGCGUGCAUCGCGGUCUGCCUCAACAUCACCAUCGCGCAGGUGAUCAAAGAGACGUCCGCCGUCGGUUUCAUGAUCACCGGCAUUGUCAAGGACAUCAUCCUGGUCUGCUUUUCGUCCGCGGUGUUUCACGACACCAUCCAGCGGCAGCAGUGGUGCGCGUUCAUGCUGACGCUCAGCGGGGUGUUCUUCUGGUCGUACAUGAAGAUUGCCCCUCGGUCCGGGCUGGUCACGACCUUCGAGAAGAUGCUGGGGGUCGGGAGCUGGCCCUGCCCGGGCGAGCCGCUCGGAGCACUGGAGGCGAAGAAGGCCGAGGCGACGCCUCUGGUGCCGAAGAGCGCGUGA